UCGUGGACCUGCGUGCCCGCUACUGCUGUUUCUCUCCCCAUUCCUGCUUCUCGUCGUCUUAGUCGCACCGCGAGUCGCGAUUGCAGAUUGCUGCUUGCCAUCGCGAGUCCCCGAUUUCCCUCGCACCGCGACCAACCACCGUCCAUGAGCCGUUAGCAAUCUCCCCAACAACCCUCAUCCGUGAGGGUCCAGCGCACGCGGGCCAAAAUGGACAGCAACAGCUUCCGCUCCACGGUGCUGCAGGGAGACGGCCACGACCGUGACAGUCGGCGGGACGAGCGCGACCGUCGCGAGAUGAACAACGCAGGGAGCCCGAGCCAAAGCCACAGCCAUCACUCCACAUUCAGAUUACGCUCGCCCACUAGCAAUAACCACCAUCAGCAGCAACAUUCUCGCAAUCAACCGCCGCCAUUCGCAUCGCCCAACCACCAUUCCCAUCAUCGUAUCCAUCAACCUUCGCCGCAGCCGCAUCACCACGCUUCGCCGCCUCCAUCGUCGCACCAUCCAUACAUGUCACAACAGCCGGUGCCCCAGGCCUCACCUCCAGGAGCAGGUGGUCCUGUCGCGCCCGCCCUGCCUCCACCAGUAGGCCUGGCCCAUCCUGCCUCGUCUUCUUCGCCAUUGCAUCCCCCCGGGGCAUACUUCCCUCCGGCGAAGGCUUCACAUCACGAAUCGGCCGCGCCCCCGACCUCGCGAGCCUUUUACGACCCGACCAGCGAUUCGGCGCCUGCUCAGAGGGAGCGACGCACCUCUGACGCCUCCUGGAACGCGAGACCCAAGUCUCCCGGGUACUGGCAAGAUCGCCCACAAGCCCACUGGCCCCGUGAACAGCAACGCACGCCCAGCCGGGGUUCCGUACCGUUUGGAUCACCCCCAUCAAGAAAUGCUGCGCCAGACACAAACAGCAUGUCCAACGGCUCGGGUGUAGGCCAACACGGCCCGUCGCCUCAAAAGCCCCCUCCAUCGAGCGCAUCUAACCGUGCCGACCCCAUGUCUUUUUCGAACAUUCUCUCCAACGCUGAACCAUCGAAACCGCGCGAGCCGUCACCCGUACCUGUACGCCCCGUGGAGAACGAGCCCAAACCCAAGAUCGAGCCCGAUACUGAGACGCACACCGAUCGAGACGUCAUGGAAGAUGACGACGAGACAGAACCCGAGCCUCGCGAGAGUGUUGUUCCCAAAAAGAGAGCAAGGAAGUCAACCAAAGGCAGGGCUUCCGACAUUCGCGAUGAGGCUGCCAAAGGUAGAAGAUCGUCGACCAAGAGAGAGUCACCCGCACCUCCUAGUUCCCGCCCUCCGGUGCCUAAGCGACAGGCCAAUGGGCAGCCGAAACCAGAGAAGACGUGGUCGACCGAGAUGGAACGCCGUAUAGGACAGGCUGAACGCGGUAUCGACUCUGCAGACAAGACGCUUGCACCCGACGAUGCCGAUGUUGCGGCAUACAAAGCCCGCGCCUCCAAGCGCCGGAAACUUAUGGAAAGCUUCGAGGCUGACCAGGGUGUCCUCCGCCGCAACGACUUUGCAGUCACAGCUGGCAAGAAACUUGCGCGUCAUGCCGAGCUCGGCAAGCGUCGCUAUGACGAGGUCUUCUACGAGUCUGCACUCACUGAGGUGCGCGAGCAGGAGCUAUUCGCUGAGAAGGAGCGCAAGAAGGAUAUGCAGCGCAAGCGCCGCCGUGAAAAGUCCAUGGCUGUCACCCUGGAGCUCAAAGAGGCCGCCUUGGCUCGUGCAAACGCCGCCGAAGAUGAGGAAGAGCGUCGGAAGCAUCUGCGCGAUGCCGAACGCGCAAACAAGAAGGCCCAACAGACAGAACACAUCCUCCGCAAGGGGAUCAAGGGCCCUGCCCGUAACGUGGAUAUUGGCAUGGACGGCGGAGCCAUGUCGUCGUUUGGAGCCUCUGACGCCGAGACAAGCACGCCCAAGAACAAAGCUUCCAAGUCUACCAAGAGUGGCAACCGGCCGAAGAAGUCUAAGGAGCAGAAGCAAGCCGAAAAGGACUCGGCCGAAGCGGCGCAGGCCGCCAUCGACGCUGGCGAGGAGCUGCCCGCUCGCGACGAGUCCAAGGUCCGGCUCAAGAUCACCAACAAGGGCAAGAAGGGCAAAGAUAAGGACAAGAUUAAGGACGAGUCCAAGGACAACGUGGACGGCGAGCCCGAGGCGCAGGACAAGGAAGAUGCGAAGGAGAAGGUUGAAGACGUGCCUGAUCUCGAAAAGAAGUUCAUCUCGAAAGGCUACAACCAGAUCUACGACCAGAUCCUCCGCGAUAUUGCCCGCAAAGACGUCAACAAGACAUAUCGCAUGGCAUCCGACUCUUGCGCAACCAAGGCUAGUAACUUGAAGAAGACGGCCGUCCUCGCGUCAAAGGAAGCCAAGCGUUGGCAACUCCGAACGAACAAGGGCACGAAGGACUUGCAAGCUCGUGCCAAACGUGUCAUGCGCGAUAUGAUGGGCUUCUGGAAACGCAACGAACGCGAGGAGCGUGACUUGCGCAAGGCAGCCGAGAAGCAAGAGCUUGAAAACGCACGCAAGGAGGAGGCAGACCGCGAAGCCGCUCGCCAAAAGAGGAAGCUCAACUUCUUGAUUUCGCAGACUGAGCUGUACUCGCAUUUCAUUGGCAAAAAGAUCAAGACGGACGAGGUCGAGCGCAGUACCGAUAACCCCGAGAUUGCGCCCGCUGCGAACCAGCAGAACUCAUCCAUGGUCAAUGUUAAGGAGCCUACUGGUCCGCUGACCGGCAAGGUGACUGACUUUGAGAAUCUCGACUUUGACGAUGAGGAUGAGUCGAACUUGCAAGCCGCUGCCAUGGCCAAUGCGCAACAUGCUAUUGCCGAGGCUCAGAAGAAGGCUCGCGAUUUCGACAACCAGGGUCUUGAUAUGGACGAAGAGGGCGAGAUGAACUUCCAGAACCCGACCGGCCUCGGCGACAUGGAGAUUGAGCAGCCCAAGCUGCUGGACUGUCAGCUCAAGGAGUACCAGCUCAAGGGUCUCAACUGGCUGGUCAACUUGUACGAGCAGGGCAUCAACGGUAUUCUGGCCGACGAGAUGGGUCUCGGCAAAACCGUGCAGUCCAUCUCUGUCAUGGCCUAUCUUGCUGAGAAGCACGACAUCUGGGGACCUUUCCUGGUUGUCGCGCCAGCGUCCACCCUCCACAACUGGCAGCAGGAGAUUGCCAAGUUCGUUCCCGAGUUCAAGAUUCUGCCGUACUGGGGCACUGGUGGCGACCGAAAGAUUUUGCGCAAGUUCUGGGACCGCAGGCACGGCACCUACCGCAAGGACGCUGCGUUCCACGUUUGCGUCACAUCCUACCAGCUCGUCGUGUCGGAUGUGGCAUACUUCCAGAAGAUGAAGUGGCAGUACAUGAUUCUCGACGAAGCACAAGCGAUCAAGAGCUCCCAGAGUUCCCGAUGGAAGAGCUUGCUCGGUUUCCAUUGCCGUAACCGUCUUCUCUUGACGGGUACACCCAUCCAAAACAACAUGCAGGAGCUAUGGGCUUUGCUGCAUUUCAUCAUGCCCUCACUGUUUGACUCUCACGAUGAGUUCAGCGAAUGGUUCUCGAAGGAUAUCGAGUCACACGCGCAGAGCAACACCAAGCUUAAUGAAGACCAGCUGAAGCGUCUCCACAUGAUCCUCAAGCCAUUCAUGUUGCGACGUGUGAAGAAGCACGUGCAGAAGGAGCUGGGUGACAAGAUCGAGGAGGAUGUGUACUGCCAGCUGACGUACCGUCAACGUGCGUACUACAGUAACCUGCGCAACCAGAUCAACAUCAUGGACCUCGUCGAGAAGGCCACAAUGGGCGACGAUCAGGACUCGGGUACGCUCAUGAAUCUUGUCAUGCAGUUCCGAAAGGUGUGCAACCAUCCCGAUCUGUUUGAGCGCGCCGACGUCACUUCGCCAUUCUCGUUCGGAUACUUUGCCGAGACGGCUUCGUUUGUGCGAGAGGGCGACAAUGUGCCUGUCGGAUACUCUACGCGCAACCUGAUCGAGUACAACUUGCCUUCGCUCGUCUGGACCGAGGGCGGUCGUCUGGACAGGGCCGGCAAAGACAACGAGAAGGCGGGCUGGCGAAACAAGGCCUUGUCGCACAUGAUGAACAUCUACUCGCCGGAACAUGUAAGGGAGAAUCAGGAUGGGUCCAAGGGGUUCUCGUGGCUGCGAUUCGUUGACGCUGCUCCUUCGGACGUCUACAAGGCCACGCACAACAGCCUGUUUGACCGCGCGGCUGAUGAGCUGCAAAAGCCUCAACGACUGGGUCGCUUCCAGGUUGCCUAUGACGAGCCUGAGGAUGGCAAGUUUGUGCCGGCUCACGCCUUGCUCCGGAUUCGGGACCAACAAGAGCGCCGACCCUUGGCCGACAUUACUCGUGAGGGUGUCCUCAGCAGCCUGAUGAACGUUGCCAACCAAAGCUACUUUGACUCCGGCCUAGGCAGACUGGAGGCAGCCGGCAAACCGCAGGCCUCCGCACCCCCCAUGGAGGUAUCAUGCAACAGUCGCGCCGCUGUGCUGGAACGUGAGAACACAUUCUUCAACGUGCCGAUGCGCAAGGCCUUGUAUGGACCUGCACUUUGGGAGGAAGAGGCCCUCGUAGAGAACAGGGUACCGCUGGAGCUGUACCCACCUCGCAAGAUGCUUCCCAGCCCGGAUGGUGAGAAGAAGAGGUUCACGAACAUUGGCGUGCCAUCGAUGCAGCGCUUUGUCACUGACAGUGGCAAGCUUGCGAAGCUGGACGAGCUUCUCUUCCAGCUCAAGGCUGGCGGUCACCGUGUGCUGCUCUACUUCCAAAUGACGCGCAUGAUCGAUAUGAUGGAGGAGUACUUGACGUAUCGCAACUACAAGUACUGCCGUCUCGAUGGCUCGACCAAGCUUGAGGACCGCAGAGAUACGGUGCACGACUUCCAAACCCGGCCGGAGAUCUUCAUCUUCCUCCUGUCAACGCGUGCGGGUGGUCUGGGCAUCAACCUGACGUCUGCCGAUACCGUCAUCUUCUACGACUCUGAUUGGAACCCGACCAUCGACUCGCAAGCCAUGGACCGUGCUCAUCGUCUGGGCCAGACCAGGCAGGUCACCGUCUACCGUCUCAUCACCCGCGGAACGAUCGAGGAGCGCAUCCGCAAACGCGCCAUGCAAAAGGAAGAAGUACAGCGUGUUGUCAUCCAGGGUGGCGGCGCCAGUGUGGACUUCUCUGGCCGUAGGGCGCCCGAGAACCGCAACCGCGACAUUGCCAUGUGGCUGGCGGACGAUGAGCAGGCGGAGAUGAUUGAGAGGCGUGAGAAGGAGCUGGCGGAGAGCGGCGAGCUCGAGAAGCAGCAGAAGAAGAAGGGCGGCCGUAAGAAGAAGGCUGACGCCCCGGCCAGCUUGGACGACAUGUAUCAUGAGGGCGAGGGUCACUUUGACGAUGCGAGCAAGCAGCAGUCCGGUACCGCCACGCCGGCCGAGAGCGAAAACAAGGGGAAGAAAAAGAAAAGUACGACCAAGCGCGCCAAGACGGCGAAGCAGCGCCUCGCUAUUGCCGAUGGCAUGGUCGACAUCUAGGCGGACAGUCGCGAGAAUGGACGCCUCACGGCAUCCACGCGUGCGCGCGCGGCGGGGGUGGAAUGUACAGGAUUGGAAUUUUACACUUAAUGAAGGGAACCAGCAAAACUUCAGGCGUUUGAUCAGGGACAGCAAGAGCUUUUAUACAGGGCGCAGAUGCGCGGUGGUGGGCGCGAUGCCGCGUUUGUAUCAGUAUUGAUUCGGUAGACUUUGGCGGAGGAUAUGAAGCGCCUUGUUACAAUACGGUUGUA